ACGGCCAUGUCUUACCAUCGAGCAUCGUCACCUGGGAGCCGCCGUCUGGCUCAUCCAGCACGCCUGUCCGACGGCUACUAUCCUCCNCCCACCUCUGCCGCCUAUGCUUCACCCAGGUCUAGUGGUGAGCGUGUUGUGCCCAUCUCGACAACCACUUUCGUCACACGAGACGCCUACUCGGGCAGACCCCGUCGCUCCACCCUGACCGACCCCUCACGCCCGAUUACCACUCCCUCAACUUCCAACACCGUCCUGCCCGUUCACCCACGCGUCCGCCCUGCCGUCAUUCAAUCCUCGCACGAUCGUCCACACAGUCCCUCGAACGGAGUUGGCUAUUCCACUUCCACUCGCACUCCCGACUACUAUGCCGUCCCUGCCACCUCGCACAAAGACCACUCGCACAAGAAGGUCUACAGCAUCGAUGGCGGCGGCAAGUCUCGUCUGGUUGCCGACAUAGACAUCAAUACGAGCCAUGGCAGCUCUCACAGACGCCAAAGCCUCGAUCGCUCCACCGAUCGUCAUUCUUCGUCCCAUCACCGACACAAGGGCUAUCAUCUCAGCGGCUCCUCGACUAGAAGAACAGAGAAUGAUCAAGGCUUCUCAUACACCGAUCCCGCCGCCAUGUAUAGAGAGACAGAGCCCCGUUGGCGACACCGUGCUGGUAGUGUCGAAGCAACUCGACCUAGACCCACCAGUGCACUAGUCGAACAAUAUGGUCCUCGCUCCUCGGCAAGAGAACUUGGUCCGCCUACAUCGCGAGCCCUUGACAAGUUCAACGACGGUGCUGCUCGCAUUCACAGCACACGAGAACCUCCACGAUCCUCAAAUAGGCUGUCUUACCAGGAACCACAAUACAACGACGGUUAUACUUCGUCCUCUGGUCGUCACACCACUGCUGUUCAUCAAGAUCGUACACGCGAUGCCUAUCCAAGAGAAGCUGAGCGCGCUCGCCCCAUGCAUCGUUACGAGGAUCGCAGUGUUGAGCGCCGAGGCUUCGGCAUUCGCAGUGGCAGUCAGGAUAGAUAUAACCACAACAUGAACAGAGGCAGCAGCGAAAGCUUUGACGCCUACUAUUCGGAUCGCGACCGUGACUACGCCCCUCCUCGCAGCGAGCCUCGUGCCUACGAUUACGCACACGAAUCUGAUCGAGACCGAGAGUACCGUCACAGAGACAAAGAUCGAUUGCGAGAUGAUGGCUAUGCUUCAGAGAGAGAUCGACACCACGAACGAGAACGAAGAGAUCACAACCGCAGAGACCGUGAUAGGGACGUCACUCCGAGAGGUAGCGGCGAUAGUCUUACAAACACUAUCUUGCCCGCUGCCGCUACUGCUGCUAUCGGUAGCCUUGGUGCUAUGGCUGCCGCUGCUUACGGAUCGGAUAGCAAUGCCAAAGGCCGAGACCGUGAGUACGAAGAACGAGACCGAGAAAGAGACAGGGAACGGGACAGAGAACGCGAACAGCGUGAACGUGAUCAACAGUACGAACGAAAGCAGCGUGAGCGCGAAAGGGACUUCCGAGACCGAGAGCGCGACAAGCGUGAGUACGAGAAAGAACGCGACCGAGAUGUCGAAAGAGACAGCGAAAGAGAACGAGAGAGGACUCACGAUCGCGAGACACGCACUCGUGAAAGACCCCGGGACAGGGAUCGGGACAGGCCCAGGCAUUCUUCGUCAUCUGAAAGCGGUCAGGACAGGCCCCGAAGCUCGAGACGACACCGUACGCUCGGGGCUGAUGGAUCNCCUCCGCAAGAGAAAGAUUCUAGACGUGGGGCUGAUGAACGACAACGCGCUCCCGAAUCUGAUCACAUGCACCCGCCCGAUAACCUUCAGCGGGGCCCUGAAAGCGAACGCUCUGCUCCUGCCGAUCCAGCAAAUAUUGACCCCGACGAAGAUUACCGUCGCCGUAUUGAGCAAGCACAAAGAGACUUGCAGGGUUCGCAUGACCACGUAGACUCUGACAGAGAAAGACGCACCAACGAAACGGAGGCUGUUGUCAAUAGAACCGCUCCUCCUGCUGUAGCGACCACCAUUGACUAUCACGAGAACACAACUAGAGAAAAUCGGGUACGCAUCGUUGAGCCUCCAUCUGAUAGGGAAGACUCUCAGCCGAUCAGGGGUAUCCUCAAGAGACCCACACAAAAAUUCCCUGAGGAUCCAAACCCGAUGCGUGAAGGUGUUAAACCACUGAAAGAGUUCAACAAGGCAACAAACACAUCCUUCUUACGAUCUUUCGUCUACAGACCNACCAAAGAAGGAAUCCCAGCAGGCGCCCGUUGGACAAAAAUCGACCGCCGACUUGUCAACCCACAAGCUCUUGAAGAAGCGCAGGAACGUUUCGAAGAGCGUUUGGAUUGUGUGAUUGUACUUCGCGUCCUGACUAAAGACGAGAUACAAAAGCUGGCUGAUAGAACAUUGGAGAUCAGAGCCCGCCCAUAUGACGAUGAAGAUCGUCAACGCCGCGAACGGCGUGAGCACCGCCGUCGUGAACGUGAACGCGAGCGACAUGAACGAGACGAAUACGAAGAUGAUGAUAGCGAAGACGAAUACGCUCCCAGAGCACCUCGCAUGCUUGAAGCUCCAGCCGAUGGGCAGGAACCUACGGCAGACUUCUCACGCGACCGAGAACGACGUAGAGAGCGUGAGCAGGAACCUGCUUAUGCUUCUCGUGCGAUCUAA